CAACACACACAUAUACCAUGCAGACACACCACACACAGACAUUGUAUCUCUCUAUGCCUCCAGAGGCGGAGUUGCAGAAGGAGUUUGGAAGGCAGAAGUUCACCAUGGAAAUGACAGAACGAAAGCUGGAUUCAGUGUCUGAGUCGGUGAAGGAGUUGGAGUCUCUUCGUUCUGCUGUAGCCAGAUUGAAGUGUUCCUUAGACAGAGUCCUGCACAAUGACACAGUGUCAGGGUGCUGUCCACUAGGCUGGGUGUUGUCUGGCUCCUCCUCCUCCUGCUACUUCUUCUCGUCUGGCGGGUUGCCAUGGAACCAGGCUAGAGUCUUCUGCGCUGACCACAAUGCCCAGCUGGCUGUACUGAAGACUGAACAGGACUGGGACUUUGUAACAGGCAGUACCAAGCCGCUGUUCUUCUGGGUUGGACUGUCAGAUGAGAGGACAGGAGAAUGGGAGUGGGUGGAUGGAACACCUUACAUCAUGGACCGCAGCCAGUGGAAGCCGGGCCAGCCUGAUAACUGGAAAGGUCAUGGUCUGGGUGGGACAGAGGACUGUGCUAUGAUACACGCCAACGGACAGCUGAAUGAUGAUCACUGUUCCCGUAGUUACCGCUACGUCUGUCAGGGACACACGCUGACACACACUCACUGAUACACACAUAACUCACACACUGACACACACACCAACAAGCUCUCACAGUCUCAGUGUAGAAUUAGACUUGUAUCCGCGUUCUCCAAAUGUUAUACUUCGAAGUGUUUUUGACACCCUGGGUUGACCCCUGCUCAGCAUCGUUCAGUUUCACCAAACGUCAAAUAUAUAAGAUUAAGGGUUAAAGUUUGGGAUAGGGUAAAAAAAAUACAUAUACUGAACAAAAAUAUUAACGCAACAUGGAAAGUGUUGGUCUGAUUUUUCACGAGCUGAAAUAAAAGAUCGUAGAAAUGUUCGAUAAGCACAAAAAUCUGAUUUCUCUCACAUUUAUUU